AGCUAGCGACAGAAACAACAAUAUGGAUCUCAGAGUAGGUGGAAAGUGGAAAUUAGGACGUAAGGUUGGAAGUGGUAGUUUUGGAGAAAUUUACCAAGGAACAAAUAUUCAGACCGGAGAAAAGGUUGCUAUCAAAUUAGAGUCUGUCAAGACUCGCCAUCAACAACUUUUAUAUGAAUCUAGGUUAUACAAAUUAUUAAACCUCGGAGGACCUGCAAUUGGUGUUCCUUCCGUUAAAUGGUAUGGUGUUGAAGGUGACUAUAACGUGAUGGUUAUUGAUCUUCUUGGUCCAAGCAUGGAAGACUUAUUCAAUUUUUGUGGAAGAAAAUUUUCACUUAAAACAGUUCUCAUGUUAGCUGAUCAGAUGAUUUCACGAGUAGAAUUCCUUCACUCUAAGAAUUUUAUUCACAGAGAUAUUAAACCGGAUAACUUCUUGAUGGGAACAGGCAAAAAAGGUCACCACGUCUACAUAAUCGAUUUUGGAUUGGCCAAAAAAUACAGAGACAGUAAAACUCAUGCACAUAUUGUGUUCAAAGACAAUAAGAGCUUAACAGGCACAGCCCGUUAUGCAUCAGUCAAUGCUCACCUUGGUAUUGAGCAGUCGAGAAGAGAUGAUUUGGAAAGUUUAGGAUACGUUUUCAUGUAUUUCCUUAGAGGAAGCUUACCUUGGCAAGGAUUAAAAGCCCAGUCAAAGCAACAAAAGUACGAUUUAAUUAGUGAAAAGAAGAUGUCAACAACUGUUGAAGCUCUUUGUAAGGGCUAUUCAUCAGAAUUUGCUACAUAUCUCAAAUAUGUAAGGUCGCUCCGAUUUGAAGAUAAACCAGACUAUGCCUAUCUCCGUAAACUUUUCCGUGACUUGUUUACACGAGAAGGAUAUCAAAUGGAUUAUGUUUUCGAUUGGACAAUUAAGAGAAUUAAUAAUAUGAAACCUGAAAUGCCAAUAAGUACUAAUGCUCAAACUUGGCUUGAAGAGCAACAACAACAGCAAAUUGAAAAUCAAAAAGCUGUACUAACACAACAAGGAUCUAGUAAUGUACUCCUUUAUCAAACCAAUCAAUCCUAUCAAGACACACCAAGUAGUUCUAACUAUCAUUCCAACUCUCACAAUAAUAUUGAAGUAAGCAAUCAAAGAGAAAGAGAAAGGGAAAGAGUAAUUGUUUCAAACUCAUACACGAAACCGUCUCAACACACUGAAAAUGUUCAAACAAGCUCUGGAGCAAUUAGGUCCAGAAAUGUUGCCUAUGCUCCAGCUGUUUCUAGAGGUUAUCUUUCUGGAGGGAGAAAUAUGGGUGCAUCUCCAGCUUAUAAUUCUGGAUACACUUCUGGUUACACUUCUGGUCUCACCUCACCUAUACAAUAUACUUCAACAGGAGGUGUGAGGACGAGCUCACAUCUGCCAACAGCAACCAAGUACUCGACCCAACCAAAGAGAAAAUGAUUGUACAAUUCAAGUUUAAUAAACUAAUGCUAACUGUCU